UGAGCACUGAACAAAAAUGAGUAAAAAACGUGCGCCGUCGAGCCCACUCUACGAGAACUAUUGAGGGCGCUGUUCAUGUGUUGCAAAUUUCGCGCAAUGCAAAACAUGGCAGACGACGCGACGGACGUGUCUACCCCCGACUCCGACGUGAAACUUCUGAAAAUUGAAGCGAAGUCUGCAGUGAACGAGGUGAAAUUUGCCGUGAAACAUGUGGAGAUAUCAGAGAAGCUUUCCAACACAGACGAACAGGCGUACCUGAAUGUGAAGACUAAAGAAGGGGACGAGUUUUGUGUGGAGUUGACGGUGCAAGGUUUCCGGAUUGUUGGCACCUCAUUUGAUCGCAUUGACGACAGCGAUGAGUCCACAUACUACGAGACCAUCUAUGCCCUCCUGGACAAGCACAGUCCCCAGUAUAGACUCACGUUUGGAGAGACCCUGGCCGACAAACUCCAACUGCUUCAGACGGAACGAGAAGAUCCUCAAGAGGAUGGAGAAGAGAACUUGAAAGAUGUAAAUAGAACGCAAUGAUGUUCAGCCAUCGAUGGACUCCCUGCGUGAGCGUGGUGCUUUGUCACCAAUUGAGAGGGCACCAGUGGGAGGGACACACUGAGUGUGCGCACUGGUUCGCAUGCCUACGGCGUGAAGCACCCAGGAUGAAUGUUAUUUGAAAUUUGCACAAACCUGCUUUCAGAGUCCUCGCGGUGGUCUCCCCCAACUUCUGCUGUGUUACUGUUGAGGGGCACUUGUACAUCACGGAGCUCAUAACGUCCUUAGGCCUAGCCCCACCGAUGUGGAGACAUCAGAUGAGUAUGUUUCAUUUCAAGGAACAGCUAUCAUUUCUAGGCUGGUAAACUCCAGCUUCUUUAAGACGGAACAAGAUCAUCUUCAGAAAGGAAUGGAGGAGAACUAUGUAAAAUAGAAAUCAUCACAACCUCUCUUGUUUUAGUUAUUGAGAGAUAGUUUGGAGAGAGACUUUCAUUUAUUUGCAGGUAAACUCCAACUUCUCCAGAAUGAACAGGAAGAUCAACAGAAGGAUCGUGGAGUAGAACUUAAAGGCUGUAAAUAGGAGCAAGUGAUCUUCAUUUUUUGUCAACCCAUCAAAUUCCUGUAGCCCUCCAACAUGGAGCGAUACAUCGAAAGAAGACACCAUCAUUCCUUGACUGGUAAACUCAAGCUUCUUCAGACUAAACUUGUAGACCAACAGGAGGAGGUGCAGCAGAAUUUUUUCAAACUGUAAACAAAAUACAUGUAUGUUGAUAUUCAACCAGCCAUACUCCCUAAGAGAUGAAGGAUUGCUCUGCACUGAAAUUCCUUACUUAACCAUUGACUCGGUACUGGAUAGUGACAACCCUUCUUCUGCACUUCAUGUGCUGCAAAAUCAUUGUAGCCCAUAGAGUUUAUAGCACCAACACUUCAAAUUCCUUUGAAGUAAUCUGUGGAGUAUGGAUAACACUUGAAAUCCUUGCGCAAUUUUUUAGUGAGGUUAAUUUAAGUUCAGGGCAAGCGCUAAUAUUUGGUCAUGCUUCACUACUCUCCACAGUGCUAUUUUUUUGUCCAGUGACUCUCUGUCACAGUUACUUGAACACUUCCUCACAUCCCUUCACAUGAAACUGACCUGCAGGGUUUUAAAAGGUUUUACAUACUGCUCUGAAUAUUGACUUCCCACUAGGAGGGUACAUGUUCAAUAUUCUAGCUACCACAAUGUACAUGUACUAGACUUGAUCAGAAAUCCAGCAGAUAAUCCGACAUAUCUUGUGGCCUGGUUUGGUACACUCCUACAUGUAAUCAUCUGCCACAGAGAUUACUAUUGCCACUCGUUUCUGAGGGCAGAGUUUUCCCACCGUGUGGCUCUGUGGCUUAUUAUACUGUACCAGCUUCUGCUAGUAUAGCUUGCCUUUAGUCACUGGGUAGAGUUGAAUGCUUCAUUUAAUUUCAAUGAGCCAGAACAUAUCAGCUGGGCCAAUUUUCAGAGAGUGACCGAGUAGAAAAUGUUGCAUUCUGAAUGUGUACAUGUAUUGUGCUGACUUGUUUGUCAUUUGUGAAUCAAUCACAAGUAUGUGCAUUGAAUAUAAGAUAUUGACUGGAGCGGGGCUUGAACCUGCAACCCCCGGAUUACUGUUCAAGCUCUCUACCAACUGAGCUGUCAUUACAAUUGUUCAGACACAAACUGCAAAGGGAAACUGACUCGGUGCAUUAUAAUAAUUGUAAAGUUGAACCUGCGACCUCCAGAUUUUCGGUGCUAUGCAUUCUCUUUUGCUUAAAAGCGCAUUGAAAUUGACCUAAGAUUAUACAUUGUAGGUUUGUGAU